GCUUUACGGUCGGGUAUCACUUUAACCAAUAAGCGCCUAUAUAAUCAAGACCUUCAAAAUGGCGGCCCCCAUGUCAGCUGAACGAAACUCCAUUUGCAUGGUGGAACUACUGUCACGGCCUUACAAUUUCCUGACGUUGGCAGAUACAAAAUAUGGACUAAAGUUAAUAUGCAAUCAGUCUUGGUGAUGAUAAACAAGAUUAUAAGCAAAGCCGAGUUGCUGUAAUAGUACAGAGCAGAAAAUCUCAAACUGUGCUAAGAUUUAUCUUCACGUCGGCUGCAAAAAAGGCGAGGAACUGUAAAAAAGUUGCUUCAAUUUUAACAGUAUAUUUUAUAUCCCGGAUUUAAUCUUGAGAUAAUGUUUAUCUAGACUCUUGGAAGUUCUGACUAAAUUACUGUAACAAACACGACUUAUAGACUGACGAAUAACAACAGAAAAUAUUAAAACAUGGCCCAAAAGUUGUCCAGUGUGAUUUCAACAAGCAGACCUGUUGACCAGAUGGGUAAAUUACCUAUCACGGAGUCAUGUACAACCACUCCUUGUUUUUCGGACUUAGAUAGUGGGUGCUUGACAUCAAAGGAUACACCAAGAGUACUUGUAAUUCCUCGAAAUCAACAACAGGUAUUUGCAGAAAAACAGAAAGUUUUGAAAAUAUUGAAAAAGACUUCAGGUGAGGGAAGUGUAACCAAAGAUGUAAACACCUCUUUGGAUGUAAGCGAAAACGCCAUACUCGACAUUUCGGCUUCAUCAGGAAGCACAUGUAUCUCUAGCAGACACUUAAAAUCAAGCAUAACUGAUGUAAAUGACCGUUCGGAUUCUGAUGAAAUGAUAAUAACUACAGAUAUUGUGAACACGAAGCCCCUUCUUAAUCUACCUAAUAGAGUGUUUCAAUCUCCUUUUAUUGUAAGCAAAACAGCAAUAUGUUCGUCGAAUGAGAUAGAUCAUACUACUGGAAUGAAAAAUGCUAUAUUAAAUGCAGACAAGCGAGAAUUGCUGAAUAAAUCAGGAAGUAAUAUUCAUACAAAAAGUGAGACAUAUUUGAAUGAAAGUUUGAAAAGAAGGCAUUCUUAUGAUGAAGAAAAUAAUACAAUAGUGUCAAUAAAACCUUCAUUGGGAGAAACAAUGACGUCAGUCUUAAUACACAGUACCCCAAAAAGUUCAGCUGUUAUCGGAAAAGCAGUACAUUCAAAUUUACAAGAGCCUUUACAGAGAAGUUUCCAAGCUGUCUCAAAUAUUGGCAUGGUUACUAAACCUUCAGAGCUUCAUCCACCUUUAGUUUCUAGGCUUCAGGCACCAUUUUAUCCUAGUCAGUCACCAUUAAAUCAUGCUCAGUCAACAUUACAUCUUGUUCCAUCAGCACCAUUUCAGGCUGCGACAGUGACUCAUGAAACAUUUAACGUUCCUUCAGUUUUAGUGUCUGCAACAGGUCUCGUACCGUUAAAGCCAACAGAAAAUACACCCGUCUGUUCUGAAAAGAAAGUCCAGACGAACAUAAAAGGUGAAGAUUUCACGAGAAAGCCAGUAGCAGCAUCUCUAUCUGGCCAGACACUGUUUGAUUCUGUUACAUCAGCGAAUGUUAAAUCAGUUGCAGCAUCGGCAAGGCACACGGAUAGUGCAUUAGGAUGGAAGCAGAGACCGGCUUUGCAGCUUAAUUUGCCCAAAACACCAGUUUGCUUUAAACAGAACUACCUACCACCUUUUAAACCGCACACUACGAGUGUGCUAAACAGAAGUGAACCUCUAUUAGGCACAACAAGUCCGAGUGUAGCAAAUUUCUUAAAUCAUGGAUUUAUUACGUACAAAAAUUGUCGGGAUGGAUUUCGGGCUAUUGUUGUUGACACAAACGGUCGUUACAUAAUAUACCCUAUAGUGAAACUUUCAGAAGACGGAGUUGCAGAAAAUAUUAAAUGUAAUUCAGUCACUGCAGCUACAAACGUAGAAUCUGCCGCACCUUUGAUGGCUAAUAUUCCCCCUUUCUCAGGUCCAAGCACAGCUUCAGUGCAGAAACCGUUAUAUGAUAUUUCUUCUGCUGCAUUGACGUCCGCCCCAUGUGUGGCAAAGGUUAUUCAAGAAACAGCGAUUUUAAACUCUCGAGCAGUUUCGGGUACGGUGUCAUUAAAUAAAAAUCCGCCUGCUCCGCUAGCAUCGACAAGCUCCACGGCGAAAACUGUAAAUGGAAUAUGUGCAAAAUCGCUUUUGAAUUCUAGUGAUGUUCUUGAAGACAUAUUUUCUGAAAAAAAUCCAUCACUUGCUUCAUCCGUAAAGUCAGAAAUAGGUAAAUCUUCAAAAGAACAAACAAAAUAUAGAACUGUUAAAGAGACCACAAAAAACUCGUCAAAAUUAUUUGAUAGUGAUAGUAGUACCUACUGUGUCAACGACAAAGACACAGUGAAAACAAGUCAUUCAUACCAGGAACACAUGCUUUCUAAAGAUUGCAAUUCUGAAAAGUUUACUUCUAAGACAAUGAUUGAUUUAGACCAAAUCAUUGAAAACGAAAUCCUUUGUAUAAAUGGAGUAGGAAAAAAGAAAGAAAGCUCAGAUUCGACUAAAGAAAGGUUCCCAUAUUUUAUAUUGUCUGAGGGAACAAGCGACUGCUAUAGGCAUGUGAAAGGAUUAAAACCGGAACAUGUAUUGGAAAAUUCGCCAGGUCUUCGAAAUCACGUCGAACAACAGCUUAGCACACAAAGCAAUCAAACCAUUUGUUCUAACACUACAAAUAGAAACAAGAGCGCCGAGACCGCUAACCCACUUGUUUGCAUUCCAUUUAGCCAUGAUGUUGAAAGCGCAUUACAAAGUAGGAAUGAAAAUGAAGAAUUCAAUUUAGAUUCAGAGGGAGCGCAGAAAAUCAGUCCUUAUCCUUCACCGAUUUUUCUUGUCCCAAACAAACAUCACAGGACUUUUUACUCAGUAAUAGAAGACACUGAAAACCAAGACAUACAGGUACCAGUAGGCUCUAAUCUUCAGAGUCAGUUUUUAGAAAGUGAGCGGUCUGUUUACUUUCCAGACAAAUGUGAUAGCAUAUGUACUGAAGAUUCUGUUUGUGUUUCCUCUGUAAAAUUUAAUGCAGAUUCAGAUAGGAUUGAUACAAACCAAGGAAUGGACUCAAUGAUAAAGUAUUCAGAGGAAAAUUUUACUUCAAAUGUUCAGGUUGAAACAGACCAAACGAACAGAGACACAGCAGCUAUAUUAUCUACUGAUCUGGUGAAAAUUGAACCACUAAAUGAUGAAGUAUUAACAAAUGAUAAAAAAAUUUAUUUGUAUAAUACAAAUUCAGAAAAUGGCUCAACGCAAGAUAAGAUUGAAAUAUGUACAUCUUCUGUAUCUUUCGAUUCAAAUGUUAAGCUUAAAGCAGAACUCCAGGAUAAAGUCCCUCAAAUACUCAGUGAUAUUCUUAAAGUAGAGCUACCAAAUGAAAAUAUACUGACCUAUGAAAUAAAUUGUGAUAGGAGUGUAACAAAUCUUGACAAAGAUUCACCGCCAGAAAACUGUGUGACUGUAGAUUUAGCUGCACAUGUCCAGGUAAAAAUAGAGCCGCAGGACAAAGACACAUGCCCGCCCAUGUCCUUAAAUGGCCAAUUUUCAGAUGUUACGACGUCUCCAGAUAAAUUUGUUACAGACGUCAUGAUAAAAGCAGAGCAGUCAAACAUAGAAGCGUGCUCGCCAGUAGCUAGUGAUCUUGUAAAAAUAGAACUAGUAACUGAUGAUAUUGAUAAAAUGGUAAAAGAAACCAAUUCUGAUAUAUGUGACCAUCCAUUUGAAACAGAUUUGUUUUCAAAAUAUGCCGACUCCAAUAUCGGAACCGAGUCAUUAAGAAAAAAUUCACAGCUACUAAGUGUACGUCAAAUCACCAAGCCUCAUAAUGUCAAAGGAGCAGAUUAUGCAAAUUCUAAUACAAACAAGGGGAAUUACUUGCAUAUAUCAGAUCAAGCAUCUAAUAAUAGUACUUCUGCAGACGUUGAUGCAGAAUUCAAAAUAGAUAAUAUGGCUUAUAACAGAAAGAGAAAGCACGACUCUGGUUAUAUAACUGUCUAUGGUGGUAAAGAAAGUCUGGUGAAGAAAUUAAAAUCAGGCACCUGUCUGCUUCCUGAAAAUGUUUUUUCGGUAUUAACGAAAAACGAAUCAAGCUGGCAGAUAUGUAAAUCAAUUUUCUAUGACCAUUUUAGUUAUAAUUACAAAUGUAUGCCUCAUGACCAACCUGUUAUUAAACAGGUGUUCAAAAACUGCGACCACAACUAUUGUAUUCCCUGCGCGAAUUUCAAUGACCACACUUAUGCCAACCCUUACGGAAUGGUCAGAAAGCUGCGAACAUACCGUGGACAUGCUGCGAAUAUGCCGCGAAAUACCUAUUCGCAGAAAGUAUUCGCGGGAUAUUCGCUGCUACCGCGAUCAUGCCGCAAUUGAUUUGAUACUAGUUCGCAGGAAGACCAGUCAUACGGCAUGUUCGCGAGAAGAACUUAGAAGAUUAUAAUCUUUUGGUAAACUGUUCAUGAAGAGCUUUUAUAAGAUCAGGUUAUUGUAGAUCAAUUAAUUUGUAACAUUAUCUGUAAGGUCACAGUAUGAGUCUGAUAAGUUUAUUACAACCUGCUAUUCUGGACAGGUUUAGGAGGAAAUCUAUGUGCAUUACAGACAGUUUUCAUGAGUGAUUCUUAGAGGCUGAUAGGAAUAUAUUCUUUUUGUGGUAAUUAAGUCAGAAAAUUUAUGUUUAAUAUCUAUACUCAUAUAUCUCAAUAAACAUAAGGAUUUUGAAAAUGAAAUAGGUAUGCUUAAACUUUUGCAGAGCUGUAUCAGAUUAUCUAAAAAGAAUUUGACAAUUUCUAAGCUUUAUAAGUCUGAUAACAUGUAAAACUAUGACAGACUUGUAGUGAUACGUACAUUGUAUAACUUUUAAGCAAGAAAUAUCAUUGGGAUGAAAUAAAUACAUGCACUCAGACACUGUUAUUGAAAUGACAAUUAACAGAAUUCAAACAUAUUUUAUCAUCAAAACCCAAAACGCUCCAAAUAUGAUAUGAAAAAGUUCAUCGUUAACAAUUUGAAUUUGUUACAUUCAGUGUUCAAGUUUAUUCAAUAAAUUUAUAUCCCUGAUUCCUAUUAAUUUGUUUUUGCACUUUUUCUGUACAUGCUUUUUUGUACACAAUUUCUGUGGUGAUCGUUUUCAGCUAGUUCGCGGCAUGUUCGCAGCAACUAAUUCGCGGGAUGGAUCGCAUCAAUUAGUUCGCGGGAUGAUCGCAGCAUCUUAUUCGCGGGAAAUCCACAGCUACUAGUUCGCGGGAAAUUCGCGGCAACUUGUUCGCAGCAAAACUAAUUUGCAUGUAAAUAGUGAACACCAAACGAACAUCCCGCGAACAAUUACACCAAUUGUAUCAAAAGUGUUCGCGGCAUGUUUGCCGGAUAUUCGCGGCAUGAUCGCAGCAAGUGUUCGCGGCAAGCUAUAAUAAUUCCGUAAGGGAAGCUUUUAAGAGUGGCCUGUUCAUGUUAUAAUAGAGCAAUGUCGGCAGUUAUCGAUACCUUAAGCAUUAUCAUAAUAUAACUGAUUUUGUUUAUAGAAUUUACGUUCUGAAGGAAGCAUAAAAUAUCUAUAUCGACAGGUUAGGGAAACAAUCUACUAUGAAUUUUCUAAUGGGGUCGGAAACUGCCGACAAAAUGUUUUUAUGUCGGCAGAUAUCGACUCCCCAUUCUGUCCUUGGCAUCUAGGUAAUAUUUUCUUCCAUAACUGUUGUCUUUCCCACUUGUCCUCGUGUUGCAUGUUUGAAAGCAAUUUUAAGGGAGAGAACACUAUCCACCUUUCGACUUGCAGUAACCAAAUAUUACUGUGGGAGAUACGUCCUGUCAGUAAGAGCAAUAUCUUGAUGUAAAACGAUAGUGUACAUGAGUUUCGUUUGGACUCACAGACAUUUAAGAAGAACUUGUGACGUCAUAAAAACACCACAGAAAAUAUUAAAGACUGGCAUUAGGGUGUCGAUAACUGACGACUGUCGGUAUUACCCGACAUUACGCUAGUUUUCAUUUCAAUGUUUAUAUAUAAAUAUAUUGUUACAUGUCAUACUUGUGUAUAAUUAAACUACACUGUAUAUAUUUCGGUGUAAAUGAGAUGUGGAACCAAAAUUUGUAGUCCUGUUUGGCGUAAAACCCAAAUAAAUAAAUGAAGUAUAUAUUAUAGGUUA